AUGUCUCAGAUGACUCCCACACCAUCAGUCGUUGCAGUCCAGGAGCCAUCUUCGGCCGCAACUACUGCAUGGAAUGAAUGGUACACCACACUCCUGAUCGUUUACAUAUUCGGACUCGUAUGCUCAAUAGCCUCUCUCUCUGUCGCCGAAAAUUUCGAUACCCUAAACGAUAUAUUUCAAUGGCCGUUUGUCGGACUCCGCAACACCCGAUUCGCCCUAUCGCCCCAGGUGACUUACUCUCUACUGGCUCUGCUAUGGCUCCCUCGGCUUGUUGUCUUCAUGGUCUACUUUUUCGGAUACUGCCUAUAUCAUCUUGGCAGGUGGCUGGUUGGCAAGGAUGUUCCAGCUCUCGGAACGACAAUACCUCGUAUGGGACAACCGCUCAGCGGACAGGAGGACAGCACAAUGCAAUCGCGUCAAGGCGAUGCGGCGGAGCCCUUGUCGAGAAGACGUGAUCCGAGCUGA